GUAGAGAUAAACCCAAAUGAAACUGUAAAAGGCCCAGGCCCAAUCCAUUUCCACCCUCGUAUCUCCCUCCCUCUUUCUCGAUCGUUCUGCAACUUCAAAUUCCAUCAUCAACAACAACAAAAGAAGCUUCACAAAUCAUCUUCUUCAUCCAGAUCUCAACGACAAAAAUGGAUCCAGACACUGUAAAGUCCACUCUCACCAAUCUAGCGUUUGGAAACGUAAUAGCAGCAGCUGCACGUGAUUAUAAGAAGGAAUUGCUUACUCAAGAGAAGGCGGCACAAUCAAGUUCAAUAAACGAGGAGGUUGACCUUGAUGAAUUGAUGGAUGAUCCUGAGCUGGAAAAAUUGCAUGCGGACAGGAUUGCAGCUCUAAAGAAAGAAGUAGAGAAACGGGAGGCUUGGAAAAAGAAAGGUCAUGGGGAAUAUAGGGAGGUAACUGAAGGGGAUUUCUUGGGUGAAGUCACUGGAAGUGAAAAAGUGAUAUGUCAUUUCUAUCAUAAGGAGUUCUAUCGAUGCAAGAUAAUGGAUAAGCACUUAAAGUCCCUCUCACCGAAACAUAUUGAUUCCAAGUUCAUCAGGCUUGAUGCAGAGAAUGCACCAUUCUUUGUAACGAAAUUGGCAAUCAAGACUUUGCCUUGUGUCAUACUGUUCAGACAAGGAGUUGCAGUAGAUAGGUUGGUAGGGUUUCAAGAUCUGGGAGGGAAAGAUGAUUUUAGUACUAACGCGCUGGAGGCGCUGCUGAUAAAGAAGGGUAUUAUUGCCGAGAAAAAAGACGAAGAUGAUGAAGAUAAUGUAUAUGAUGAAAGUAAACGUAGAACUGUUAGAACCUCAGUGGCAGCUGAUUCUGAUUCUGAUUAAAAUUAAUCAUCCGGCGGCAUCAUAAAAAAAUAGAGCGGAGUUUAUCUUGUUCAUAUCUUUGUGGAUUUCUGGCUUGUAUAAUUAUUGUUACAUCUGUGGUUUAAUGUAUUACUACAUUCCUUCAUAGACUCUACCAAUCUACUACUUCUACAUGAACCUUUUAUUUAAGCACUAACUCCCACAACAAAGUUGCUAACAUUUCUCCUAUCUAAGUGUACUAAAUGUUUUAAA